GAAGCAGGAAAGAAAUUCUUUACAUGUGAUCAACAUGGCUCCUGUCGAAGGCCGCACUGAAUCGUCAGUAUUUGAAGGGUGGGAAAAAUGGCAAAUAGCUUUAGCCGUAGGAGCACCAGUAUGCCUAGGGCUUGCAGGUUUAUGGUACUAUACAAAGGUGAAGAAAUCAGAUCAAACAGGAGAUGACUUGUCGAAAGCGAAACCACCUUCCGCUAAAGAAAAGGUCAAAUCUCCUGAUGCUUCGAAAGUAGCAUCUGGUUCACAAAAGGAAAACGAAAGCAAGGAUACACCCCUGGGAAAGGCACAGGAGUUUAAGAAUAUUGGAAAUAAAAACUUCAAACAAGGGAAAUAUGACGAGGCGAUCAAGUGCUACACGCAGGCCCUGGAGGUGUGCCCACCUGAAAAUAAAACAGAAAUCUCAACAUUCUAUGCAAACAGAGCUGCUGCUUAUGAGAAAUUGAAAGAUCCAAAGCAAGUGUUAGAAAACUGUACAGAAGCUAUAAAAUUGAAUGGUAAAUACACGAAGGCAUUGAGUCGUAGAGCAAAUGCUGCCGAACAACUUGGAGAAUUACAAUUAUCACUGGAAGAUGUUACAGCAGUAUGUAUUUUAGAAGGGUUCCAAAAUCAGUCUACCCUUCAAAUGGCGGACAGAGUGUUGAAGAAUCUUGGAAAAUCCAAGGCAAAAGAGGCGUUGAAGAACAAGAAAACUGGGAUGCCUUCCAAACACUUCAUGAAAUCAUAUUUUGCCUCAUUCACGAAAGAUCCUGUCCAAGAAAUGUUCAAGAAGAACAAAACAGAAAAGCAAGAGGAGAAAGAAUCAAAUCUACCAGAACAAUCGAAUGAAGAAGAGAAGAUAUUGAAUAUUCCAGCACCAGGGGAUUCCGGUGACUCAUCUAGUACUAGUGUUGUCAAUGGCGAUCCAGAGAUUUCAAAAAGCAAUUUUAUGAAAGCUGUUGAAAAAUUAGAAGCUGGCGAUUAUGAGGGAGUCCUUUCAUUGUGUAGAAAAGAGAUAGAUGUUUCCCCACCCACUCAUUAUUGUCAACUAGCCCUGUUGCUACGGGGAACAAUGUUCUGUUUGACAGCCCAGUCAGAUCAAGCUCAGUUAGACCUAGAUCAAUUGUUAAGUACUGAACAGUUAGAUAAAAAGAUUAAAGUAAAUGCAUUGAUAAAACGAGGAAGUUUGUUUAUAAGUAAAGAGCAGCAGACGGACGGACUCGCUGAUUUUGCGCAUGCUGUACGACUAGACCCAAAAAAUUCUGAUAUUUAUCAUCACAGGGGACAUCAAAAUAUCCAGCUUGAUAGAUUAGAAGAUGCAAUAAAAGAUUUUGAGAGCAGCAUUGAACUAAACCCAGACUUUCCAAAUUCAUACAUUCAGAAAUCUUACGCAGAACAUAGGAGAGCUGCUGCAGAGCAAAGCACAAUGAAGUUAGAAAAAGCCAUUAAAUCUUAUGAAGACACUUUAAAACGGUUUCCAGAUAACGCUGAUGGUCACGCAUUAUAUGCACAGGCAUUAUGUGAUCUUGGAAGGUUUGACGAUGCUGAUAAUGAGUUUGAAACAGCCAUUAAACUAGAACCUGACAAUGCCAAUACUCUAGUGCAUAGAGCGUUGUUAAAGUUACAAUGGAAGCACAAUAUAGAGGAACCUGUAGCAUUAAUUAAACAGGCGAUAGAUUUAGACGACAAAUGUGAAUAUGCCUAUGAAAUUUUAGGAACUAUUGAAGUUCAAAGGGGUGAUAUGGUAAAUGCAGUAAAUCUGUUUGAGAAGGCCAUAGAUCUGUGCAGAACAGAGAAUGAAAUGUCACAUCUCUUCUCACUCCUUCAUGCGGCUAAAGCACAACUUCAGGCUGCCCAAACACUAGGAAUACCUCUACCAGCCAGUUUCUCACAAAUGUAACUUUAGAAAUGGAAAAAAAUUACAUUUAUAUUACAUUGAAAGUAGAGGUGUUACUAUGGAUACAGGGUUACCAUGGAAAUAGCAAAGAUGAUGUCACUGACAGUUGAACUGUAACUAUGGAGACCAAGUAACCAUGGAAACUGUGAGAUUGUAAGCUGUAACUAUGGAGACCAUGUAACCAUGGAAACUUUUAGAUUGUAAGCUGUCACUAUGGUAACCAUGGAAACUUUUAGAUUGUAAGCUGUCACUAUGGAGACCAUGUAACCAUGGAAACUUUUGAGAUUGUAAGCUGUCACUAUGGAGACCAUGUAACCAUGGAAACUAAGAUUGUAAGCUGUUACCAUGGAGACAAUGUAACCAUGGAAACUGUGAGAUUGUAAGCUGUAACUAUGGAGACCAUGUAACCAUGGAUAUGGCAAGAUGAUGUCAUAAAAAUAGAAUUGUAACCAUAGGAACCAGGUGCCUAGUAACUACAUCAAUUAACAUACUUAAAACUGAUGUUUGACAUGGAAACACAAAAAUUCCUCUUUUUGCGGCCAUGUUAACAGAGUGAUGAUUUUGCUUGCUAUUGAUGUUGAAGUAUUGUCAAGUGGUUUAUAUAGGCUUCAAAACUGGCAUGGUAAAACUGCAAAAUACAAUUAAUUGAUAUACAUGUAUAUUAUGCACUUUAUAAAAACUUUUAUUAUGAAAUAUUAACUGUGAUAACAAGAGUGGUUAUUUGUCAAGGUAUAUUUAGAUUUGUUAAGGUAUAUUAAGUUGUGACAAAAGAAAUGUUUGUGUUAUUUUGAUUCUAUAUUAAAACUGUUUGCAACCAUCAGAUUUCCAUUCACAUGGGAUGAAAUUUCAACAAAACCGGACUUUUUCCUGUCUGUACUGAAAUUUCAUGUUAAGUUUUCAUUAGUGUGUCUGUGUUGUAUAUUGUACAUGUAGUAGGUGUUGAUGUGAAUUAAUGAUUAACAGAGUGGGUUUAAGUAGUAGAAUUAGUAAAUUGUUAAUACAUGUUAAGUAUGCUUUGAACAUUUUGUAUGGUUGUUUGUUUUUCGAAUCUUUUUUUUUCUUAAGAUUUCUUUCAAUACACCAAGUUCAAUAUCAUGUUGAAGUACGAAAUACUUGGAAGAUUUUUAAGGCAUUUUUGGUAAAGACAUUUGAUUUUUUUGUACUUCAUUGUUAUGCUGGCUUCAUAAUUAUUGCUUAUCAUCAUAAAAAAAACCUUGAAGUAGUGUUUGCUACAUGUAAGAUAUAAUCAGUAAGUCCUACGGUGUUAUCUGGCUUCAGACUGCUUGAAUUAGAUGUUGGACGUCUUCAGUUAUUGGUUGGACCCGUUUAAUUAUGGUUCCAAAGAGCCUGCAUCCAUUUGAUUCCUGUAAAUUGAAAGCGAUGUAAAUCCCUGUAUCUUUGUGUUAAUCUUGAUUUUUAACUACAGUAAGUAAAAUGAGAGGAACAAAUUACGGUUGAAACAAAUUUAAACCUGAAUUCGAGUAUGCAUUAGCCUUUUUCAAUGGUUGUUUCAUUUCAUUAGUUUGUACUGCUUUUUUGGUCAGUUACUGUUUUGUAAUUGGACCUGAUUGAACAUUACUUAGCAUAUUACUAUGAUUAGUAUCUGGAACAUAUUAAUCUGAAUUAUGAGAUCAACGUUGAAAUUUAGUUCAAGGUAAUGUAUGCGAUUUUUUUAGUCAUAUUUUAUUAUGUACAUUUUUAGUUCAUUUUGCAUGUUGAUGGUUGUGAUAAUAUACGAUAUUUGAUUCAAUAAAACCAGGGAAAUCGG